AUGGAAAUUAUAGGAAAGCAAAUUGCAAAAAAAUGUGGAGGUUUGCCGCUUGCUGCAAACUUCUUUGGUUCUCUUAUGCGCUCACAGAGCGAUGAGAGGCAGUGGUUGUCAAUUAGAGACAACCAAAGCUUAGAAACACCAGAAAAUCAUAGUGGGGGAAUCAUACCGAUAUUGAAACUGAGUUACGAUACUUUACCAUUCCAUUUGAAACAAUGUUUCUGGUACUGUUGUUUAUUUACCAAAGAUUGGAAAUAUAAUAGAGAAACAUUGAUUCGAUUGUGGAUGGCCGAAGGAUUCAUUCAUCCGCCAUCUAAUGGAGGAAAUCAAAACUCAUUAGAAGAUAUUGGUAAUGAUUACUUCCUUAGUUUAUUGUCAAGGUCUUUCUUUCAAGAUGUAAAAAGUGAUCCCUACUUAGGAGACAUUGAAACGUUCAAAAUGCAUGAUUUAGUACAUGAUCUUGCAUUAAGUGUUGUUGGCAGUCAUGAAGUCAGGAUUCUGAAGACAAGUGAAAUGAAAAAUGAUGUGUCUGAAAUUCGUCGGCUACGGUUAAUCAUGGAAGGGAAACCACGAGAAGUGGAAUUUGAUGGAUUAAAAAAUGCAACAAGAUUCCAAGAAAAAGGUUUUUCUUAUCCGAGCCCACAGAGUAACAAGCAUCUUCGUGUAAUACAUCAGAUAGAUGUUGAUGGCGGGUUCAUUGAUAGAAGUCUGAAAACUGUAUCUUCCACUUUGAGGUUUAAACACAUGAGGUACCUUGAACUCGGUUUUUCUAAUCUUGAAGAUGCUCAUGCCGUGUCCAUUAAGCAACUCUACCAUCUGCAAAGUCUCAGCCUUCGUCGAUCCAAAAAUGUUCAAAACAUUCUCAACGGGAUUGGUUCUUUGAUUAAUUUGCGACAUCUGGAUCUCUCCGGUUCAGUUACGAUGCUAACCAGCUUUACCUGA